UGGGGGCACGUGCCCCGAUAUCUUAAAGAGUGCGUCCGCCCGUCGCCUACUCCUCCAUUUCCUUCUCCUAUCUGGCUAUCUCCAGCUUCGAAUUAACGCCUCCACUGAUUCUACUACUUCGAAAUUGCUUUUGAAGUAUUCAUGGAAAUCGGAUCUUGCAUUAAAGUUCAAAAUGGCAGCUGUCCAACAUCAUACUUAACUCGCGCAAGUUACCUCCAUGAACAAUCUUAUUCAAUCCAAAAUCGCACUUCAACUCCUUCAUCUUAUGUGACACUUCCUCGCAAAAAUUGCACUUGCAAAGCAACUUUAAAGGAGGCCAAUAGCAAGAUUGAAUCCGUAGAAAAGGUAAAAGUGAAGCCUUCUGAAUUUUCUUCAGACAUUGAGCUCUCGAGUUUAACUGCUAUAAGUCCCUUGGAUGGGCGUUAUAGGAAUAAAGUCAAAGAUUUAUCCCACUAUUUGAGUGAAUAUGGUCUUAUCUACUAUCGCACCCUGGUUGAGGUAAAGUGGCUACUAAAGCUCUCACAGAUUCCUCAAGUAUCUGAAGUUCCAAGCUUUAGCAAUGAAUCCCAAAAGAAAUUACAAGAACUAAUUGAUGGAUUUAGUAAUGAUGAUGCAAUGCAAGUGAAGAAUAUUGAGAAAAUAACUAAUCAUGAUGUAAAAGCAGUUGAGUAUUUUCUUAAAACAAAGUGUCAAGAAGAUCCACAGAUAGCUAAGGUGCUUGAAUUUUUUCAUUUUGGUUGUACAUCAGAAGACAUAAACAACCUUGCUCAUGGUUUAAUGCUUAAAGAAUCAUUAAACUCGGUUAUUCUUCCAGUGAUGGAUGAUUUAAUUAAUGCAAUAUUUACCAUGGCAAAAGCCAAUGCUCAUGUUCCUAUGCUUUCUCGUACUCAUGGACAGCCAGCUUCACCUACAACUUUGGGAAAGGAAAUGGUGAUAUUUGCUGAAAGAUUAAGCAGAGAAAGACAUGAUAUUUCAAAAGUAGAAAUAUUAGGGAAAUUUGCAGGAGCUGUUGGUAAUUACAAUGCACAUGUGGUGGCAUAUAAUGAUGUAAAUUGGCCAAAAAUUGCAGAGGAAUUUGUAAACUCUCUUGGAUUAAGCUUUAAUCCACAUGUAACACAGAUUGAAUCUCAUGAUUACAUGGCAAAACUUUUCCAUUCAUUUAUUCGAUUUAAUAACAUCUUGCUUGAUUUUGAUAAAGACAUAUGGGGGUAUAUCUCUGUGGGAUACUUUAAACAGGUGACUAAGGCUGGUGAAAUUGGGUCAUCGACUAUGCCUCACAAAGUCAACCCCAUUGACUUUGAAAACAGUGAAGGAAAUCUUGGAAUUGCUAAUGCAAUUUUAGACCAUUUAAGCAUGAAGUUACCUAUUUCACGUUGGCAGCGUGACUUGACUGAUUCUACUGUUUUGAGAAACAUUGGUGUGGGAUUGGGUUAUUCACUUCUGGCUUACAAGAGUGCAUUAGUUGGAAUCGGGAAGCUUCAGGUGAAUGAAGCUGCCUUAAACAAGGAUCUGGACAACUCAUGGGAGGUUCUUGCUGAACCGAUACAGACAGUGAUGAGAAGAUAUGGUGUUGAGGAGCCUUAUGAGAAACUGAAGGAGCUUACGAGAGGAAGAGUGGUUGAUAAAGAGAGGAUUACUGAAUUCAUUAAAGGGUUGGAAAUACCGGUUGAAGCAAAAACAGAGCUUUUAAAGGUUGAUUUUAAGGAGCAAUGGAUGCGAUAA